UAAAUUUGUAUUGCGAGUGGCGGCCAUUUUGAAAAAUUCGUUAUUGUCGCUGGCUACACGCUGCUGGUAACAUGGAAAGAAGAGGACAUUCAAUUGCUCUUAAAUUUUAACGGUUGUUCUGACAUGAAGGUGAAAAUCAAACAGUGGAACGGUGUGGCAUCUUGGUCUUGGGUGGCCAAUGAUGACAACUGUGGGAUCUGCCGCGCACCUUUCAAUGGAUGUUGUCCAGAUUGUAAGGUUCCUGGAGAUGACUGCCCGCUGGUCUGGGGCCAGUGCUCCCACUGUUUCCACAUGCACUGCAUCCUCAAGUGGCUGAACUCACAGCAGGUGCAGCAACAGUGCCCUAUGUGUCGGCAGGAGUGGAAGUUUAAGGAAUGAGGCCAUCGGCUGCUCUGCACUGACACUGAGAACUUACAGACUGUCUAACACACAGGCAUUUAUAACUAUGUGGAAAUAAGUGCAACACAGAAAUCAUUCAUAUUUUUAUAUUUAACAUUUUUUUUUUGUAUUAAAAUGACGACUGCAUUAUGUUGAAGUAAAGGACAAUGGAAAUAUUAAAUGUUUUCAUAUUAGUUCAUGUUACAUGUUAGUUAACGUGUAAGCCUAUUUUACUCUCAGAAAGACCAGGUUUGCAAAAAGUUUGGCCCAGAGAACAUUUUUGAUAAAGUUUAUUAUAUAAAAUAAGGUGACAUUGCCACCAUAAGUUGUAGUUUAAACAUGGGUUCUUUGACUUCAAGGGAAACCUGUCAUAUUGUGCCAUAGAGUGGACUGUGAAUGCACCAGUAGCUUUGUGAGCACUUCAAGUGACACUUAAAGUAAUUUGUGCUUAAAAAUUUAAGUUUUUUUUUUGUCACAGGAGAA